GUUGUGUGAGGGGCCGAAUCCCAAACGGCCUCCGCCGCGGCGCGCAGCGUCUCCGGGUUUGGGAGCCGGGACUCGGGGCCGGGAGCCGGCUGCGCCCUCCACCCGCUUCCCCCGCCCGGCCCCUCUGUGCCCGCAGCCCCCGGUUUCCGUAGGCCUCGCUCGGACCGAGACCCCCCCCCCCCGCCCGCGCGCCGCCUCGGCUGGGCCCUUGCCCCCUGCGGCCCCGGCGCGCGCCCCCCGGCCCCGCCAUGUCGCUGCACGGGAAGCGGAAGGAGAUCUACAAGUACGAGGCGCCCUGGACCGUGUACGCCAUGAACUGGAGCGUCCGGCCCGACAAGCGCUUCCGCCUGGCGCUCGGCAGCUUCGUGGAGGAGUACAACAACAAGGUCCAGCUUGUUGGUUUAGAUGAGGAGAGCUCAGAGUUCAUUUGCAGAAACACCUUUGAUCACCCAUAUCCUACUACAAAGCUCAUGUGGAUUCCUGACACCAAGGGAGUAUAUCCAGACCUGUUGGCAACCAGCGGUGAUUACCUGCGUGUGUGGAGAGUGGGUGAAACUGAGACCCGACUGGAGUGCUUGCUGAACAAUAAUAAGAAUUCUGAUUUUUGUGCCCCGUUAACGUCGUUUGAUUGGAAUGAAGUGGAUCCUUAUCUUCUUGGUACCUCUAGCAUUGACACAACCUGUACCAUCUGGGGUCUGGAGACUGGGCAGGUAUUGGGAAGAGUAAAUCUGGUAUCGGGCCAUGUCAAGACCCAGCUUAUUGCACAUGACAAAGAGGUGUAUGACAUUGCAUUUAGCCGCGCGGGUGGCGGGAGAGACAUGUUUGCGUCAGUUGGCGCAGAUGGCUCGGUGCGGAUGUUUGACCUUCGUCAUCUGGAGCACAGCACCAUUAUCUAUGAGGAUCCACAGCACCAUCCAUUGCUGCGUCUCUGCUGGAACAAGCAGGAUCCCAACUAUCUUGCAACAAUGGCCAUGGAUGGUAUGGAGGUGGUGAUUCUAGACGUCAGAGUUCCCUGCACACCUGUUGCCAGGUUAAACAACCACAGAGCAUGUGUGAAUGGCAUUGCUUGGGCGCCUCACUCUUCCUGCCAUAUCUGUACGGCAGCGGAUGACCAUCAGGCUCUCAUCUGGGAUAUCCAGCAAAUGCCUCGUGCCAUUGAGGACCCAAUCUUGGCCUACACAGCAGAAGGGGAAAUCAACAAUGUACAGUGGGCAUCGACUCAGCCGGACUGGAUAGCUAUCUGCUACAACAACUGUCUGGAGAUCUUGAGAGUGUAACACUAUUGGUCUGUGCCAAACUGAGGCAGGGCUUUAUAACUUCCCCUCUCCUCUAAAGUAAGAACAAACAUGUUUCAAGUGGCCAGUAUCUUUUGUUGCUUUGCAUCUACUGUUCCAAGAAACUGUUACAGGAGUUAAUGGCAGGUGUCGGCUGUCCCUGCAAGACUCAGAAAACGAAGGGAUGCACCCAGCCUCUUGGACCUUCUGGGUUUUGAUUUUAAUAUUUUUCUCAAUUAAAAAGUUCUGUAUAUCUGUUUGUUGACUGUGUUAAUGAGCAUUACAGGCUUUAAAUGACUGUUUUAAGUUGCUGCAUAUGUCCAUGUGUUUGUCAGUCAGCAGAGGCAGCACAUCCAAUUAGUUUGAUAGAUGUAAGUGCAAAACUAGGUGGAAAGAAAAGACAUUAAUAUUAACCACCACCUUUGCAGGAAUUUUUAAUCAUUCCUGUUACUGUCCCUAAACUGUUUGAACAUUUGUAUGUUUUUAUAUAUUGGACUAAGUUUUCUAUUAAGUCGGCUCUUCACCCCAGUUCUUAUUUUUGAUGUGAUCCACUUCCAUGAGCCCCAAGCAGGAUCUGUUGAUAAUGAUGGGUCAUAAGCAUCAUUGUAGAUUUCCUAGCAGUAAACCUGUUGCUGUAGCUGUUGCCUUGGCUAUGUGCCCCUGACCAUUUGGUCAGAAUCGCCUGGUGCUGUGAAGUACCACUACUUGUCGCACAGUACUUCCAUUUUAACCGAUGCUAGAGGCAGUUGUUACUGUGGUGGGCCUUAUGUUAGAUCGUAAGUGAAUUAUUGAGUCUCCCACAGGUGUAUUACUUAACUGGUGAUACGAUUCACAGAGAGAAGAUGCUAUGAGCAUGACUAGAGCUAUUUUUGAAAACAUUUAGUAAAAAAUGUCACUUGUAAUGCAUUUGGAUAGACACGUCCAGUCAAAUGAUUCCUCUAGAAAGCUUCCUGUCUGAACCCAAAUAAAAUGGUUUCACACUUUCUAGCUUACUUGAUGGGCAACUGUAAUUCUAAGCAAAAUUCUGUAUCUAACCUAUACCUUAGAGUUUCUUUUGCAUUUGGCUCCUCUUCCUGGGAGUUCUACAAAGUGAACAAGUGAAGAGCUAGCUUUUUGUUCCUAAGAGCAAGGAGAGAAGCAUUAGCAUUGUACUGUCAGAUCUUGUUGGAUGAAUGUGUUAGAAACAGUUAGAACAGCUGGUCUGCUGUCCAAAGGCAAAUCAUGUCCCCGUAAGGGAAAGUUUCCUAAAGUAACAUACAGGGUUGGGUCUAAAUUAAAAGAAGUUGCCCAGUGUCUCAAAUAGAGCCAAAACAAGGUCUCCAGUUGUCAUUCUUGGGUACUGCAACUCUUGUAAGAGGACCAGGAUAGGUAUGGUGAGGGGGGAGCCUUCUAUUUUCAUCCAAGUUCCCUUUCUGAAGUGGAAAGGUAAGAGUGGGCGCUGCGAGCCCUCUGUCACCAUGAUGCUUUAUGAUUAGAGCUGCGGAGGGUUAGCAAAAUUCUUUUGUUGUCUUAACAUGGCGGGUAGUUUGAAUAUUGUCAUUUUCUUGUUUUGAUCAGCUAUCUGCAAUACCCUUCAAAUGAGAAGGUGACAAACUGAACACAGCACUGUGGUGAGGUCUAACCAUCACCUUGUACGGUAACAGACUGAGCUGAUGAGGUCAAGAUCCAGAUCAGCUGACCCUGACUCAUUACCUUGAGAGACAAUCUUGAUAUUGAGUGAAAACCAAAGGUGGCGGCAUACAUAAAAAGACAAAAAUUAUUUUUUUUAAAAAAUAUUAGGCUUUCAAUUUAAAGUAGCUUCAGUUACAUACACCUUCUCUCCAGAGUCCUUGCAACCAUAGGUUUCUAUUUUAAAUGCUCUGUCCCUCUUGUUCUGAGACCCAGACAAACAGGGAAGACUGGCUACAUGGAGUCAAUGAAACUAAAUGUUCAGCCUGCUGUCAAAUGCAGAUUAAAAUUGAAAAAUGGAGAUGUCUCCUUUUUCAAUUAUAAUCUUACCUGUUUGUGGUAACAGGCAAAAAUUAUCCUACAGGUGACUUUUAAAAAAAAAAAAAUAGAAAACAGAGUAUACAAAAACAUCUUAUUCAUCUGAUCACCUUUCAUUAGUGACGGAUAUUUACUCCAGUUAACAGUGCAGAGCCAACGCGUCUCUGGGAGAAUGAGGUGCGUUCUGUUCAGUCUCACGCAUUGUCAAUAAAAUUCAUUACGUUCAAAUUGCAAAAUUUUUAUUGAUGGGUGAGCCAUAAAGAACUGACUGGUGUUCAGAUUCUGGCAUGGUUGCCAGAUAGCUUACACAUGCAUCUCUGGUAUUUUAAGCGAAUUUGCUCCAGAAAUCAUUGAUACACAAGUGUGGAACUAAACAUUAAACUUGUUUCAGAGUAGCAGCCGUGUUAGUCUGUAUCCACAAAAAGAAAAGGAGUACUUGUGGCACCUUAGAGACUAACAAAUUUCUCAAAUAAAUUUGUUAGUCUCUAAGGUGCCACAAGUACUCCUUUUCUUUUUACAUUAAACUUGAUCACUCUUCAAAGUAGAGCUGCGCCUUUAAAGUUAAACUUAAAUAUGCAAGCAUGUUAGAAAAUGAAAGUUGCAUUUCUCAUAGCAACGUUUAUUGCUUUUGUUUAGAUAUACUUGUAACAAUAUUACAUGAAAGUCUUGCAUGUGUAUCUAAAUACAAGUACUAGGCACAGUGUAAACAAGCUAAUCUCAGUGAGAGAAGCGUAAACCUUUUGCUUCCUGACUCUGCAAACUAAAUGUGUUCACAUAACGUUGCAAUAAGUUUUGCGUUUCAUGUUUUGGGGAAGUAGGGUUUUGGGGGCGGGGGGCUACUUUCAGAAUGUUAGUAUUUAAAUAGUCCCAGUUAGGCUUUUGAAGUUUUAUUCUGUUGAUGUAAAUUGCGUGGGUAAAGGUUGAGUUGCUGCUGACCAAUUUCUGCAAGGCUGAGUUAACAGUGUAGCUGUUUCUAGCUGUGGUCUUCAGAAGGAAAAAAUGAUAGCAAUGUAAUGUUCUUCAAGCUGAAAGCUUAGUAUUUGCAGAACUACAAAGAAUGUAUCAAAAACGGUGGAUCCCAUGAUCUUAAUUGUUUCUUGUCCACCAUUUUCUCUGGUCUCUCUGAUCUUGACAGGCUCAUGUUUCAAUGAGAAACGUAGUUUCCUGCAAACUGUUUAUGGUCAGGCCAGACACUGAGCUUAUGUGGUUUCUCUGCCCCAUUAUAGGCUGUAUUAGGCAGAAUGGUAUUGAACAUGCUCAUUGACUCUUCUCUGUAGAUUCUUAUACUAUGCUCAUUACUGUGGUAUCUGAACACCUUUAAAUCACACUCUUCCUCCCACCCAGCUGAGUGAUGGUCAUGGAGGACAGUUCACUUGGAGAAGUUUUAGUUGAUAUAGUAAGAGUUCUUUUGCGUUAAGGAAAGGGAAUAAACAUCCAGUUGAAACAGCCAAAGGGAUUUUCCUCAAACUUUCCAAAAAUAUAAUCCCACCUAGACUCUGAACAGAGUUUAGACCAAUGAGAAUUGAGCAUUAAGAGCAUGUGAAAAUGAGACUAAAUGAGUACACAACUUCAUAGCUUCCGUUACCAGCAUAAGUGGUUCUGUUAUGUACACUGAGGAGACCUCAUCUUGGGGCCUUCCUCCAUAAGAUUUCUUGCAGAACAUUUGUGGCUUUGUCUAUAGCGAUUAAGCUCCUGAUCUAAAUUUCCUUGAAUGCAAUGGUUCUCCUCCAACUUCACUAGUUUUGUAUCCUUUCUCUGGCUAACUAAUUCCAGCCUUUGGGCUGCAUUUUAAAAACUCAACUGCCCUGGAUAGCUGCCCAUGUGAUAGUUGGUAACAUGUUUUUGCUCCCAGCCCAAAGAUGAGGCAAGACUCUAAAAGCUAGCUGGAGGAUGAGCCAGUGCAUUUAGUAUGUUAAAUCUGUAUAUUGCUGAAUUAAAUCACUGUGGUAGGUUGCUGCAACUAAACGUGUCCUUCCCAUGUGCUAGGAUUUAAUAGGCAAGGUUGCUUUGACAAUCUGAGUAAGAAAUUCAGUGGUCUCAAAGUACAGAAAGAGAAGAGGUUGACACUGCAGGUUGUUUCUUACUUUAAGCCCCCCUGGGUACUUACGGGAAGCAAAGCCUUGUGUAUCUAUCUAAAGCCUUGCUUCCCAUAAGAGUCAAAAUUCAUGAUCCCUUCAAAAUUUAGUUGUGAUCACACAUCUGCAUUGCUUCUAAUUACUUUUUUUGAACACUGGAUAAUAAAGGUCAGCAACCAGAAUAGAUUCAUUCAUGAGAUAAAUCCACAUCUGCUUGAUCUGUAGCUACAUUUCUCCAACCGAAUCCCAAUUAAGAAACUGUCUAUGCUAAUGUAUUGGCAUAUACAUACAUUUUUUGGACUUUUGUUUUAAAAUAUAAGUUCAGGAAGCUGAGCACGCUAGUUUUCAUGCUUUAGAUGGAACUUUAGCAGGUAUAUUUUUGUUAGGGUUAGGAAUGGAAUAACCUUCCUACCUCAAUCCUUUAGGGCUGGUGUUUGACUCUGAACCCUGUGUCUGAUUAAUAAAAUGUUAAAUACAGCAUGAGAGUUUCCUGACUGUUACAGUUCCAAAGUGGCUCUGGCUGGCAGCACAUGGUGACCUCUCUCACGCCAGAACCACCUGAAAAGCAACAUGAAAAAUGCAAGCACUUGAAAAUGCUGUUAACUCUGCAAACUGUGCGGCUUUAUAUUCAGAUGACAGUAUGAUCCAGUAGGGGCCUCUCAAGCACUUGACUUUGCCUCUUGCCCAAACAGAACUUUUUUUUUUUUUUUGCUUCAUUUGGGUACUUUUAUUAUUGCCUACUUGGGGGGGGGAGGGCCUGGAAUUAGGUGCCCUUUCAAACAUAUGGCAGAAAUGAUAGGUGGUUUGGGUAGAUGGUUAUCAUGGGAUGUAGGUGAAUUCUGCAGUCUGCUUUGUCAAUUCCAUAAACUCAGGAAAAUGGAUGCAGCUUUCUGCGACUUAAGAUGCAGAAUUCAAAGAUCUUUGACUUGUCAAAAUUCCUGGGUGCGGACUAUCUUAACCCUUUCAGUAUAUGCCGCACAGGCAGAAAUGGAUCAAUCACAAGGUGCAGCUCGGUGCACAGUUGGGCUGUACAAUUGUUUAUACCUCCCUCAGCGUAUUGAAAGAGUUAGUCAUCCCACUACUGCCAGACAAAAUGGUUCUGCCACUUCAAACCCAAGGGGAGUAUUAUCCAAUCAGGGGACAGUUAAGGUAGCUCUGAAUUACUUCAGUUGCCUUUCACUCCAAGGCCACUGGUUCAAAUCCCAAUCUAGAGAUUGUUUUGAUCCGUGGCCAGUAUGAAAUGAGGUUGUUUCCAGACCUGAUUCCUAAUGGGCAGGAGUACAUUUGGCUCUAGAGGGGCCCCCUUAUUAAUGUCUGCAGGGAAGCCCGCGGACCUAAUGGUAGGAGGCACUUAAACAGCACACUUCCAUGCUGGCUUGGCAACCAAAUUUCUCUAGAGACGGUCCCUCUAGGUCAUAGCUGAGGUACAUUGGCAAAGGUACGGUGAGUGAAGAAACUUGCACUGCCCGGAGGAUCUCACUUUCUCUGGUUUUGAUCCAGAACCUUUCACCAGCAGUGAAAUCGUAACAAAUGUGACUAGACACCAGCCACCAGGGUGCUUGUCUGGCAAUUGGAGACCGAGCAUAGAGGCAGGAGCAGUUCUAAGAGGAAGUUAGACACUGCUGUGUUAGAAUUCUGGACAGCCGUUAGUCUGCCCGCUAACUCAAACGCCUCUUCUGGCUCACAGAUAUCAAGCAUCAAUCUAGAAUUUCCUUGCUAGUGAGGAAAAUGACCUGCUUGGCUUCCUUUUCAGAUAAGCUAAUAAAGGACAAUGCUGAGGGGGGUUGUUUUUUUUUUUGAUUCUUGCAAGGUUCUGCAGCCACAACAAACUGGUUCCAUCUCUCGUUCAUACACACUAGUCAGCAGCUCUUAGAAUUUCAGUUUUCCUUUUUGUAAAGUAUGCAAGUUUCCUUCUAUAUGAGAGACAGUAAUUGGUCAGGCAAAUCCGAAUGAAGGCACAAAGAACUUGCUAAACAAAGGCGGAAAAGACUCCGGCAGUAAAUAGUACUGCUAUGAAGCAGUGUGUUGUUUUUGACAACCUGGUGAAUGUGAAUUUGUGGCAUCUGCUAUUUAAAAGGAGCUGUUUUUUACUUGGGUUGCCAGCAGCAUACAAUGUAAUGAUUAAAUCUGUCGAGCCGAAGCGUUUUUUGGUUUUUUACUACUAGUAAUGAAGUAGGAGAUGUUCAUUUUGUUAUGUGUAUUCCCUUUUGCUGUUCCCAUUUAAAGUCCCAUUGUGAUAACUUCCUGAAGGUGUGAUCUUUGUAGCAUGAUUGUACAAACAUACAUAUGAAAUUCCAGAUUUCUUGUUCUCACUAAAAUAUGUUAAAGCAAUAGCAAUUUUACUGCUGUCAUGCAUAGCUUAAGGUGUUUGCACACUUUUUCCCUCCCUCUUUCGUAUUGCUUGAGAUUUGCAACUUUGCUACUAUACUGUACUAAAGGAAUCCUAGCAUUCCAUUAUCAGGCAGACUCGGACACGUUGUUGCCACAAGUAACUGCAGUGUCCUGGUAUUCCUUUUUUAAUUAUUUUUAUGGAAAAAUAAUAUAAAAGGUUUUGUUACAGUGGAUUUUAACACCCGAACCCUGGAACCAUAUUAUUGAAACUUUGUAAAAUAAGUCAGUCUUUUAUGAAACCGCUUGAAAGUGGAAUGUUGCAUCCUUUUAUGCUAUUUCUUGCUUUCUAUGUAGCUUUAUUCAAUUUUUUUAACCUUUUUAAGUUUCAGCCUCCUGUGUAUUAGGUACAGUAUUUUCUGCCUUUCAUACUUUGUAAUAAAAAUGGAACAUUUAUAGAUUGA